CCAUCGCCUGCGCUAGUUGGUCUCACGCCUCCAUUCCAGUUUGCAACCCGACUUGCUAUAUUUGGCAACCUCGCGACGAAGUUGCCUGAUUCAGCCAUCUGUGUGUACUCAUAUGCUUGCUCGUCCUUACGUCGUAAGAGGCGGUCUGCGUGCCGUGCUAUUCUUGGUGUGGUGCUGAUGAGCUGGCUGGCAAGUACCACCGGGUCCUUCGGAGUGAAGGACUCUGUAGACUUGAUCAGGGCUGCCUGCUGCUUUUUCAAAUUUCAUCAUACGUGAGCCUUCCUGUCGGUUCAUAUGACAGCGAAAGCCUCAGGCCCCGGGUUUUUGGACCUUCCAAUAUCCAUACGCGAGAAGAUCUAUGCGUAUCUCCUUUUACCGUACCUUGAAGAAGACGUUACGACCAUCAACUACACACUGCACUGGCCAUAUCUAGACAACCCAAGUAACACUACAUUCGCCGGGCCAACGCAACUCGAUCCCUGCACAUGUCCUCGUGCCGACCUUAAGCAUGAAGGUCAGCACAUAUACACUCGCUACAAAUGCGUUGGCCCAGAAGUCCAGUUUAAGUCCCCAGGCGAAGGGCUAUGGGUACUACAAGCCGCCCACGGCCAGUUCAACAUCCUCCGUCCAGCUUUAGAUACCGAACUCAAUGAGCGGCCCUCGGUAACCAUCUUACAAACCUCGAAGCAGAUUCAUGGCGAGGCCCUCCCGUAUCUCUACCACGAGAGAGACUUCUUCUUUGUCACCGGUCCGUGUCCACGGGGCAGAUAUCAGGCAUACGCCACUCUACAGUGGCUCAAGCAGCUGAGUGAAAGAGCAAGGGCGAACGUAGAGAUCCUGAGCCUUCUCGUGCAGCCAUAUGAAGAAGACUGCAGCACGGUAGACGUGGAGAGGUCGUAUGCAGAGCUGGGCGCGUACAUCCGAGAUCAGCUGCCAGGCUUCAAAUGGCUGUGCUUGGAUGUGUGGGACCCGUCGGUGUAUAUAGCGGCAAGCGUGUUCUUGCGACUGUUCGACAGGGAAGGGAGGGGUAUCGUGGUGCGACAGCCUUGGAAAAACGGUGAAGCCGAAGUGUUUGUUUCGAAAGAGAUCUUUUUGAAUAGCUUUGAAGAGGUGGAAGAGUAGAUACUGAGUCGAGUCACGAGGUACUGCGGACAUGCUUUAGUUCCGGUGCACAUGUCUGUUCCCCAGCUAGAUCCCGCUUGCAAAUCAAAGUCGCUUACAAGGUCU